AAAAGAUGCAAUGUAUUUCAUAGAUUGCGUUCUCCAUUAAGAGCUUGGCACCAGACUAAAUCUUGCCCGAGACAAAAACAGGACAGUUUGACUUUGGGUAAAGUUCCCAACUCUUUAUUUUUAGGAGAAAGUUUAAGAUCACUGAAAGAAGAGGAAUGGGUGCCUCGGUAUCAGCUGCGGGGUCGCACAGUACGGCGCCCCCACCAUCGAACAUCGUUUUCAAUUCUUCUCCGACCACACCCAAGGAAGACAAGUAUAGUGCGGAGCCAAACUAUGGCUUUGAGGGGAAACAGAGGAAGGAAAGAGUUCCUCCCAUGACGCUGGCGGAAAUGGCUUCUGCGAAAAUAGAGCCAAAAUAUCGAGACUUUUGCGUCCAUAAAUUAACUGCCCUCAAGAAAUGUAAUAAGGACAAUUUCCCAUGGACUAUGCCAUGUGCAAAUGCUAGGCAUGCAUUGUUUGAAUGUCAAUAUGAAGAUUACCUCAUCCGAAUGAAGGAAUAUGAAAGGGAGCGUCGUCUACUGCAUCGUAAGCAGAGGAAAGAGGCUGCUUUAAAAAAGAAGGAACACUGCUAGACAAAGCUGUAUUUGAAUUUCUAGACCAGAUUUGAUUUGUAAAUUACAAUUGUGUAAUAUAUUGAUUAUAACAUCGCGAAUGUAGGAAGUUCGACACGUAACUACUCAAAAUUACUUAGUCAUUAACUUAAUUAAGGUUGCGUGAAAAUACCAGUAAAUAUUGUAAAAUUCUAAAUGUGCUAA